AGCGACGCGACAUCGGCACCCGGACCCGGUUUUCUGCGGCAGCCUUGGGGACCGAGCUCCUCUAACCGCAUCCGCAGCGUCCUGGAAGCUCUGAGGACCCAGGGAGGGGAGGACCCCGCGAAGGCUGCGACGAUCCCUCGGGGCCAUGGACUCGGACGCCAGUCUGGUGUCUAGCCGGCCGUCGUCGCCGGAGCCCGAUGACCUUUUCCUGCCGGCCCGAAGCAAGGGCAGCGGGGGCGGCGCCUUCACGGGGGGCACCGUGUCGUCGUCCACGCCGAGCGACUGCCCGCCGGAUCUGAGCGCCGAGCUGCGCGGCGCCAUGGGCGCGGCGGGCGCGCACCCGGGGGACAAGCUGGGCGGCGGCGGCGGCGGCGGCUUCAAGUCCUCCUCGUCCAGCACCUCUUCAUCCACGUCGUCGGCGGCCGCGUCGUCCACCAAGAAGGACAAGAAACAGAUGACGGAGCCCGAGCUGCAGCAGCUGCGCCUCAAGAUCAACAGCCGCGAACGCAAGCGGAUGCACGACCUCAACAUCGCCAUGGACGGGCUGCGCGAGGUCAUGCCUUACGCGCACGGCCCGUCGGUGCGCAAGCUCUCCAAGAUCGCCACGCUGCUGCUGGCGCGCAACUACAUCCUCAUGCUCACCAACUCGCUGGAGGAGAUGAAGCGACUGGUGAGCGAGAUCUACGGAGGCCACCACGCUGGCUUCCACCCGUCGGCCUGCGGCGGCCUGGCGCACUCGGCGCCCCUGCCCGCAGCCACGGCUCAUCCGGCGGCCGCGGCGCACGCGGCGCACCACCCAGCCGUGCAUCAUCCCAUUCUGCCUCCGGCCGCCGCCGCCGCCGCCGCCGCUGCGGCCGCCGCCGCGGUGUCCAGCGCCUCCCUGCCCGGCUCUGGGCUGUCGUCGGUCGGCUCCAUCCGGCCCCCUCACGGCCUGCUCAAGUCUCCGGCGGCGGCGGCGGCGGCGGCAGNAAGGGUCGUCCCCGGCCCAGGGACUUGCGGUCCCCGUGUUCUGAAGCGAUUCCAUUUUCUCUCUGCUGAGAGGCGGUCGUCCACCCGCAUCCGUCUGCGGACCAGCGACGCGAGGCCCUCUCGGCCCGGCAUCGCCACGUGGUUCCUGGCAGAGCGCUGCGGGCGCUUGUGGCGCGGGUUCCACUCACCCUUCGCUCCCUUCCCUGCGCUACGCACGGCCCUCCCCCGGCUCCCCCGCCGACCUUGA